AUGGCACGGUUUAUUGCCCUAUUGGUGCUGUUCAGUUCUCUUGAUAGGAAGAUUUGGAAUAUCCGCCUAGGUGACUAUCCAGCCAUCCAAGCUCCCGUAUACGACAACAGGGAGGUCUGGCUAAAGCUCGGCGAUCUUCGCUUUGGUACGGUGCAAAGUGUAGGUAUGGAUCGCGAACAUGUAUCCUCCGGGCUUGGCGACAGCCAACUCUGGCUCUCGCCUAAGAACAUGGGCGGUGGUAUUGACAACCCCCAAAUAAGUGGUUCUGGUGGUAAACCGGCCGAAUGGUUGAAGAAAAGCAGUUAUGCGUGCUCAAACGUCGAGUUAGCAUUGGACGCUCCAUUCAUGUUUUUGAGCCGACUAGAGGCCGAUUCUAUGCCUGCCGUUGACGUAGUUUAG